UUUGCCGGUUUGACGUCCUGAACACGUGCCUUCUUCCCCUUUCACCCAACAUGGCCGCGAGCAAUUAUUACGGCUACUCUUCGGGCGGCCAACACUCCCAAGGUUUUACCCAAGCUCAAAAUCCGUCGAUACAAACCAGUUACGGAACACCCCAAGGAACUACUGGUUACGGAGUUCAAGCUUCUGCACCGGCUGGGGGACACUACGUUCCGCCACAAAACCAGGCUCCGAGGCAAGUUGUUCAAGCGCCAUAUUCUGCUGGUACAACCGCUUAUGGUCAGCAAGGAUCUUCCGCUCAAGGAGGUGCUUAUGGCUACACGGCAAGACAACAAGAUGCUCCACCGCCACCACCACCGGCAAAUGCGUCCUAUCAAGCAACUCACGGUGCUUAUCAAGCUCACCACGGCUCCGCUCAGUAUUACGACAGAGAAGCUUACGAAACCAAGGCGUCCUACUAUUCACAACAGCCGUCCUCGAAUGUGCAAGGUGGACAAAGCGCUUACUACGCUCAGAACACCACUGGGGCAACCAAAGCCGCUUAUCCAACGUCUGGGACAAAUGUUUAUCCGACUUCUGUGAGUGCGACGCCGGUGAUAGCUAAAACACAUCCGACCCAAGCGUACUCUUCGCAAUCUUCGACUGUGGCUUACCCGUACUCGAACGCUCGCACGCAAACAACCGCUUAUCAAGCAAGCUCCUACAACACAUCCAGUUUUGGCGGUUCUUCGACAGGGAAUGCAGCAAAUUAUCAACCCCAAGCUUACGAAGCAGCUGUUUACAAUGCUGCAGCGGCCUUUGUUCAACAGCAGCAUCAUCAACAGGCACCACAAAGGCAAGGAUGGAAGAACAAGAUUGGAGCCGGACAGCAAAAACAGCCUAUGAUGAAGCCAAAACCACCACCUAAGCAGCCUCAGCUUCAUUACUGUGAUGUUUGCAAGAUAAGCUGUGCUGGGCCUCAGACUUACAGAGAACAUUUAGAAGGUCAAAAACACAAGAAGAAGGAACAGGCUGCAAAGCAAAAGGAAAAAGAAUCACUACCUUCAAAUGCUUAUCGAUGUGAACUCUGUGAUGUUACUUGUACAGGGACGGAUGCAUUUGCUGCCCAUCUUAAAGGGUCAAAGCAUCAAAAGGUACAUGUACUUCCAUGCCUAUUAUACAAUAAAGAGACUAUGAUCACCCUUUACUUGCAGAGAAAGGAAAUCCUAGGUCUAGUUGCUGAGAAAUUUGACUUGGCAAAUUAUACUGGAGUGGACAAGAGCAAGAUUGUUGGCGGUGAAUAUUUAGAGGAGAUCAAGAAUGAUGACGGGAAAGUUGUCAGUUUUCACUGCAAGUUGUGUGAAUGCAAGUUUAAUGAUCCAAAUGCCAAAGAGGCUCAUCUGGCUGGGCGACGACAUCGUUUGUCAUACAAGAAAAAAGUGCAACCUGAUCUGGUGGUUGAUGUAAAACCAGGUGGCCGUGGCCGCCUCAGCAAAAUGCAAGAAGACAAGUUUCGCCGACAGUGGGAACAAGAGCAAUACUGGCAGUGGAAAAAGGGAAGGCAUGAGGAAGAAAUACGCCGUUGGGAAGAAGAAGAGUAUUACAGGAGAGUGGAGGAGGAGAGAUUUUGGGAAGAGGAAAGACAUCGUCGUUAUGAGGCAGAGUUCUUUGAAUGGGGGGCCCCUGGCCGAAUGGGACCACCAAGAGGCCCACCAGGUCCAAUGGGACCACGGCCCCUUAUGGAAGGAGUUGGUGACAUGGUGCCGCCACAGCCUAUGCCCCGCCCAAGAUAUGACACCCCAGAUGACCGCCUUGUGAUGGCCAAACACUCGGCAAUUUAUCCCAAUGAGCAAGAACUACAAGCAGUUCAAAAGAUUGUGUCCGCCUCGGAAAAAGCAUUAAAACUUGUCUCAGACCUGAUUGCCGAGCAAGACCUUGCUGCUCAGCCUAAGAAAGAAGGGGAAACUGCAAUCAAAAAAGAGAAAGAAGAAGCCAAAGAUGAAGUUAAGAUGGAGGUUAAGGAGUCUGAUGAAGGAAGUGACGAGAAAAAAGAAGAGGAUGAUAAGAAGGAUCCCAGCAAGCAAUCCUCACCACCGCGUGCUCUAAAGGGCGUCAUGAGAGUUGGUGUACUUGCCAAAGGUUUACUACUUCAUGAACGCCUUGAUGUUGAUUUAGUUGUGUUGUGUCAUGAUAAACCUACAAAGACGUUAAUGAACAGAGUUGCUGAGCUCUUACCGGCUCACCUCACAAAAGUCACAGAAGAGAAGUAUGAGAUUAAGGUGGCAUAUGAGGAAGCUGCAAUAAAAAUUGUCACUACAACUGACCCUAAGGUGGUUGUGACAAUCACCUUGACAUCACCUGUCAUGCGAGAGGGAGAGGAGGCAGAACAUGCUGAAGACGAUCCUCAAGUGCUGGACAGGCCAAAAUGCUUAGCUGCAUUGGCAUCGCUACGACAUGCUAAAUGGUUUCAGGCAAAGGCAAAUGGCUUACAGUCAUGUGUCAUCAUUAUACGCGUCAUGCGUGAUCUGUGCCAGAGGAUUCCAGCAUUUUCUCCUCUCAACAAUUGGGCUAUGGAGUUGUUGGUAGAGAAGGCACUCAGCAGCAGCCAGCAGCCUCUGGGACCCGGUGAAGCUUUCCGCCGCGUAUUGGAAUGCAUUUCUAGUGGUCUUCUCCUGGAAGGUGGUGCAGGGUUGUGUGAUCCUUGUGAAAAGGACACUGUAGAUGCCUUAGGCGCUGUUUCAAUGCAGGAGAGAGAAGAUCUGACAGCUUCUGCACAGCACGCUCUACGACUUCAGGCUUUCCGACAACUGCAUAAAGUUCUCGGAAUCGAUCGGCUGCCUCCCGCGUCCAAAUUCCGGCGCGGUCGAGGCCGAAGCUUCAAGAGAAGGCGCGAGGACAGUGGUCAGGGGGAGGAAGGAGCCAAGAAAGAGAAGAAAGAGGGGGAAGGGGAGAGUGGAGGAGAGAGUAUGGAAGUUUCUGCUGGAAGUAGUGCUGAGACGAAGACUGAAACCAAGACAUAAUGACAUAAAUUCUUCAUGGAUGGUUGUAGCAGGAUUUAGACAAGGGAGGCAAAAAUGUCUACAGUCUGGUGCUGUUGCAAAGCUGGCAAUAAGAGCUGAAAAAUUAUUUCACAUUGUUUUAACUUAUGACAUUGGCUCGUAAUGAUUCAAACGUUUUUAUUGUAGUGACGCUUGUUCCUAUGCAAGUGUCCAACUUAGAAGUACUCAUUAACCACGUCGUCGCUGGGCCGUUUGUUCACUGUUAUAAUAAGGUUCCUUAGAAAUGUUAAGUUACAGAACAAAACGUGGCAGUGUAGAAAAUAAAACUGGAGUUGUUCAAGUUUGUUACUUUUAUUUUUGCAGAAGUCAAGUGAGCAUAAUUUUAGAAACACAAGUGGCUCUUCAAUUUACACUUAAAUUUUAAACGUUACGUUUCCCUCGUUCUCUGAUGAAUUUCACACCAAAUUAAUUAUGGUAGUCGGAUAUAUAUUUCUAAAAUCCCUACAAUAAUUACAAUGUAUUUGUGUGAUUUAAUGUUAGCUCUUUUCUACGCUCGUUGUGAACGUCGCUUGUUUGGUUAAGCAGAUGUUAUUUAGAAGAAUAUUGUAAUCUCUUAACAAAACAUACAAUUAUCCAUUGUCAAGCCAUGUAUAUUUGACAAUAAUUAACUCAUUAUUGUUUACAGUC